AUGACAUUAAAAACCUGGAGUAUGCCAAAAGAAACACCUGUUCAUAAUUUACAAGCACAUAAUAACGAAAUUUAUACAAUUAAAUGGAGUCCAACUGGUUCAGGAACAAUGAAUCCAAAUGCAACAUUACUUUUAGCAAGUGCAUCAUUUGAUUCAACUGUACGUUUAUGGGAUGUUGAACGUGGUGUUUCUCAAAAUAUACUUCUAAAACAUUCAGAACCUGUUUAUUCAGUUUCUUUCAGUCCAGAUGGUCGUUUAUUAGCAACUGGUUCAUUUGAUAAAGCGAUUUAUAUUUGA